GAUAAGUGGAGAGUUGACACGUGCUACUGGCCGUUUUUUCAUGUGGACAUUUUUUAAAAGCAGUAGAUAGCCAUGACAUAUAAAAUUCCUGUGACAAUUUUCAUUUUUAUUGUGUCAACUGCAUGCAGCGAUGAAGAGCUUUUCCUGGAAAAUGGCAGAGAUGUGACGUUAUUGGAUAAUGAGGAGAAAGUUCCGAUUGUGGAGGCAACUGGAGUUGCUGGCAGUGUUGCCAGGUUGCCUUGCGACCUGUCAACCAAGUUGCCUGGUGAUAAAGUCCAUCUGGUUCUCUGGUACAAGGAAGGCCACAAGGAUGGAGUGGGGGUCAGAGUUCCACUGAUCCCAGUUUACAGUUUGGACGCGAGAGGCGACUCGAGCCAACAGACCACAGAUUCUGGAGCGUCUCAACACUGGUCGGAUGCGUCCACUUUUGGCAGCCGAGCUCACUUCGACAGUGAUGAGCUCCCUAUGGCUGCGCUGGCCAUAGACGCCCUCAGGGACAGAGAUGGCGGCGUCUACAGGUGUCGUGUCGACUUCAAGCGGUCACCCACUCGAAACUCUAGGGUCAACCUCACCGUUAUCAUUCCUCCAGAGAGAUUGAGCGUGGUAGACUCUAAUGGCGUCCAUAUUCAGCAUUACAUUCUUGGGCCCUAUUCUGAGGGAGCCUCACUCGAGAUAGCAUGCAUCGCAACCGGAGGUCGACCAACUCCUCGCGUCACCUGGUGGCAGGAAAACGCACUUCUUGACGAUACUUGGGAAGCUCUCUCUGAGAGAAGCGUCCGCAACGUCCUCAAGAUUGAGCGUUUGGAGCGAAAACAUCUUAACACCGUUUUCACCUGCCAGGCAUCGAAUAACAACCUGGUAGCUCCCAUAUCCAGUGCUGUUACGCUCGAUCUCAAACCUCGUCCAUUGUGGGUGCGUCUCCUGGGAGAGAAUAAGCCGGUGUCAGCUGGACAGCGCCAGGAGGUGAGGUGUGAAUCGGUGGGAGCGAGGCCUGUGCCUCAUCUAGUCUGGUGGAAGGGAAGUCAGCUGCUCCCAAACUCCACGCAAGAGACAAGCACUGACGGCAACCGGACAGUAAGCACCCUACGCUACACGCCUAGUAUGGACGACUCCGACUCCCUCCUCAAGUGUCGGGCCGUCGACUCCUCCACCCCUCCUCACGAGGACACCUGGUCACUCAAUGUGCGCCAUCCACCAGUCGUGAGUCUAGAGAUGGGAGAUGGUGAUCCACGCUUUGUAAAAGAGGGAUCAGAUGUUAGCCUUGAGUGUAUAGUUAGAGCCAAUCCAUGGAUCUACCGAGUCACCUGGAAACAUAAUGGCAGAUUAUUGUACGACAACGGUUACAACAACGGAGUGAUUUUGAACAACCAGAGCCUUCUAGUUCGCAACGUGACACGCAGUCACAGCGGAUAUUAUUCGUGCACAGCCAGUAAUCAGGAGGGAGACGGAGAGAGUGAUCAGUUCUAUCUCGGCGUCAAAUUUGCACCAGUAUGCCGUCCCGGGCAACAGACAGUGAUAGCCGCCUCACGUUUCGAAGCCGUGCAAGUGACAUGUGAAGUUGAAGCCGAUCCCGAUGACGUCACGUUCACGUGGAGCUACGAUGACGUCACUUACGACAACCGAAGGCGUCACGGUGACAGCACUGACGAGGAACCAGGACAUCAUGGUGACAUCAGUAACGAUGACGGAAGGCGUCACGGUGAAGUCACUGACGAUGAACGAAUUCUUCACGGUGACGACACUGACGACAUCCGAAGACGUCACAGUGACAUCACUGAUGACGACACGUCAGUGCAGUUCGACGUGGAACGAACACGGAGUACUGCACUGAUUACGUCGCUGACUGCAUCUCAUUUUGGGAAUAUAUCCUGUUGGGCUACCAAUGUGCUGGGCAAACAGAGGCAGGCUUGUGUCUUCCAACUGGUUUCAGCUGGUGAGUUAGAAAUACAAUUCUCAAAAUCAUCACUUCUCUAA